AUGACUAGAUGUGAGACUAGCAUAGAUGAAACUCCACCCAUGAGCUUGCAAAAAGAGAGUGAGAAUGAGGAGGUUAGAGAAGAAAAACAAUGUGAGGUGUCUAAGUCAAGUGAGGAUGAGAUGGUUGGCAUGAGUGAGUCCACCACGCUCGGUAUAGGUGGUUUAGUACCCACUAAUGUCACUCUUCAACUUGCCGAUGGAUCCACCAAAUUCCUUAAGGGUAAGGUAGAGGAUGUCCCUCUCAAGGUAGGUAAUUUCACCAUUCCGGUUGAUUUUAUUGUGCUAGGAAUGACGGAAGAUGCCCUCACCCCUAUUAUCCUAGGUCGACCUUUCUUAGCAACGGGUGGUGCAAUAAUUAAUGUAAGGGAAGGAAAACUCACAUUAAAUGUGGGUGAUGAUGAAUUUUGUCUUACUAUUGACCACAAGAGAGGAUGUCCUUCCCCCAUAAAGAUUGCAUGA